GCUCAGUAGCUCAGCGUGCCUGGAUCGAGAGCAAUAUGGCGAACGCCCAGGACAAGCAGGUGGAAGAUUCCAUGGCCAUGGGGACCGCGACUCGUCCAGAAAGUAAAGCCAUGCCAGUGGGUGUGAGGGGUGUGAACGCCCCGUCCAUGUCACGACUCCAACACAUCUCCCUGCAGUACGGAUUAGACUGCAAUGACGAGGAACUGGAGGUGUAUAAAGAGAAAAUGAUCGAAGUUUUACGGGCGUUCAAGAGCCUGGCGGCCAUGACGGAACCCAUACCGGAAGUCAAGUAUCCGCGCACUCCCGGCUACAGACCCAAACCGCAGGACAACCCCUACAACGCAUGGUACUGGAGGUGCGACAUCAGAGGUGCAUGCACGGGUCUGCUGGCUGGUCGCACCGUCGCCAUCAAGGAUAGCAUCCAGGUCGCUGGUGUGCCCAUGAUGAAUGGAUCCCGUGUGCUGGAAGGAUUCAUGCCCCCCAUCGACGCCACCGUCGUCACGAGGGUACUGGAUGCUGGUGGACACAUCACCGGGAAGGCGGCGUGUGAGGACAUGUGUUUGAGUGGCAGCGGCUCCAUGUGUGGGACGGGUCCUGUGAGAAACCCGCACAAGGAGGGCCAUGUCACUGGAGGCUCCAGCUCAGGCUGUGCAGCACUGGUGGCAGCACGCGAGGUUGAUAUGGCAAUCGGCGGCGACCAGGGCGGUUCAGUCAGGUUUCCAGCCUGCUGGUCUGGCAUCGUGGGUCUGAAGCCGACGUACGGGCUGGUGCCGUACACGGGCGCCUGCAGCAUGGAGCGAAGUCUCGAUCAUCUGGGACCGAUGGCGGCGACGGUGCGAGACUGCGCGCUGCUGCUGCAGACGAUAGCGGGAUACGACGACGGCAACGACACGAGGCAGCCGCGCGACCUCCGCGUGCCCAACUACACCGAGCAGCUGAAGGGCGACCCCAAGCAGUUAAAGAUAGGAGUAGUGAAGGAAGGCUUUGCCAACUGCCACGAUCCAGUGAAUGGCAUAGUGAGGGGAGCGCUGGAUAAGCUGAGAGCUGCCGGGGCAACGGUCGAAGAUGUGUCUAUACCGGCUCACAUUGAAGCUUCAGGUGUUUUCACUACCAUUACGGCGCACGGUAUAGGGGAGAGCAUGCUGAAAGCAGAAGGCGUCCAAAUCGGGGAUCGUGGGAUGCAGUCUACGGCACUGGCGGAUGCACAGAGGCGUGGCUUCCGCGCACACAGUCAGUACCUCUCCUACGUCACCAAGCUGUUCCUGCUAACCUCCGAGUACGUGCGUGAGGAAUACGGAUUCCACUUCUACUCCAAAGCACGAAACAUUAGCCAUGAGAUAACAGCCAGCUUCAACGCGGCUCUAGAGAAGUAUGACGUGCUAGCUAUGCCAACCAUCGUUUAUCCAGCGCCAGAGAUACCGACAACCACGACCCCUAUCGGAGAGAUGAUCGACCACUCGUCAGGUAUGCUGCAGAACACGGCAGUGUUCAACGUCACCGGACAUCCGGCGAUCUCCAUCAACGCUGGCUUCACGGCCGACGGCCUUCCCGUCGGUCUCAUGCUCGUCGGCAAGCUGUGGGAUGACGUCACCGUGCUCGACGCCGCCUACGCCUGGGAGCGGCUCCGCGGCGCAGACGACACACCCCGCGUGUGACGUCACACGGCGCGGUCCGUGUGACGUCAUAUCGCACACGUGACUACAUGUUUACGUCACAAUUAGACCAAAAACGAUGUGUGACGUAAUUUUUCGCGGGAAACGCAGGCGUGAGACGGAAAGAGUGAGAGAAAAUCGGCCAUGUUCCAGAUAAAGAAGGAAAAAUUUGAUGUAGAAUAAGUCGAAAUAGAAAAAAAACGUUACUGUGAUACGGUAUAGACAGACACACGCACUUAUAAAAGAGGUAUAGUUAACUCGCUUGGUAACUUUAGCGUUAGGUAGGUUGCAUUGAAUUUACAUAUAACAUAAGGAACGUUGAGGACGUAUUGACUCGUGAACGCUCGCGCACAUUCAAAGUUUACUGAUAAUAUUACUUCAUACGUAUCAUGCUCUACAUGAAGAUAUGAUUUGCUGUCCAGUAAUUUUUAAUAAAUACGUAUUAGCUGUCCA